GUGUUACAUUGUAUCGCUCCGCCUUCUCUAAAACACUGACUAGCAAAAAAAUAGAAAAAUACCGAGACACUAUGUUUCUAUUCAAGCGGAUUCUUCAAAGGACGGAGAUUUAAGACGAGGCUCACUCUAGUUUCUCUGGCGCAAAGGUUUAUUUUGUAGAAACGUGAGAGUGAAAGUGAGCUCACUCGGUCCGACGACUAGUUGUUGCUGUUAACACGUGGAUUCAUUCCCACUUAGGAAACGGCUCCUUCUUUUUUUUCAUUUUUCUUUACACAACAGCUGAAAUUAACGAGAAAAACAGAUUAUGGACUAUCUGCCAGACGACAACUCCAGGUACAAAGACGUCACCUACUGGGAUGAAAGAUACACCACGGAGCAGUGCUAUGACUGGUUGGGGACCGUCUCCAAAUUCCAGCACCUUCUGGAAAAAUUUGUGAAAAAAGAGGAUUCGAUCUUGAUACUGGGUUGUGGAAACAGCAGUAUGAGUGGGGACAUGUACAAUGCUGGCUAUCGUAGUAUCACCAACAUAGAUUACUCGUCCGUGUGCAUCAAGACAAUGAGUGCCAGGUAUAACCACUGCCCAGGUAUGACCUGGCAUCAGAUGGACGUGCGGCAGCUCUCAUUCCCAGAUGCCUCCUUUGAUGUAAUACUAGAGAAGGCUACCCUGGACGCCAUCAUGGUGGAUGAGAAAACACCUUGGGAGGUGUCACCUCAAACUGCGUGUUUCAUUCACAAAGCACUCACAGAGAUUAGCCGCUGCUUGAAACCUGGAGGGCGGUUUGUCUCCGUUACCUUUGCCCAGCCUUUCUUCAGGAAACGCCUCUAUGCCCGCACGGAGUAUAAAUGGUCGAUCAAACAUCACAGUUAUGGAGAAGGUUUUGAAUAUUUUGUGUACGUAAUGACCAAAGGGGAGAAGCUGAGCCCAGAAGAUGCAGCUCUGGAGAAAAAGCCCCUGAAGGACACCGAAUCCCCGCCAACCAGGAUUGCUUCGAUAUCUAAUGAAGAUAAGGAAGACUUCCUGUCUAAUAUUGACUUGUAGGGUGACUCUAAUAUGUGGAUCACCUUUAUAAAUAAGCUCUAUGUUGUGAUUAUGAACAUUUUUACCACCACAAAUGUAACAGCAAACUGUUACAAACUGCUCAAACUCCUGCCUUACUGUUUUUAUGUAUUUAUUAAGAAUUUGUAAGGAGUAAUUAUUUUUACAGUUUUAUGUGCUAGAUUUUAAUUUUUAAAAGAUCAGAUUUUAUCUCAUAAUACCAAUACAAUGGACAGUGUUCUGCAAAUGUAAUUGAGAAAAUGUAAAGAGAACUACUAUGUUAAUGAAAUUUCAAAUCCAUAU